ACCAGAGCCACGAUCGACAGACUUCUUCAGUUUGAUUUGGGAUCUCUUUACCGAAGUAUUUCUGAUUAUGUGAGUCCCAUAUUCUUCGGCAAAGCUAUGGAAGACUUAAAAGAAGACAAACUGAAGGAAACGCUCGACUUAUUCGACUCAAUGGUAGCCAAAGAGCGGUUCCUCUGCGGCGACGACCUGUCUUUGGCCGACAUCUCGAUCAUCACCGGUCUGUCACUACUGGAGGCCACGGACUACCCGUUGAGCCUUUGGAGGAAUGCUUGCAAAUGGAUGGACGGAGUGAAGGAUCGGCUCAAAGACUUCUACAAAGAGAUGAACGCAAAGGCCAUCGAAAACACGCGACAAUACGUGAAGUUCUUGAGAGACGUCAAAACAGACAUCAAAACCGAUAAAUGA